ACAAACACGAGGGCGAAAGAAGAAUUAAAGAACGUGUUCCUCCUUGCAGACGGAGAGUUAGCUGUGCACGCCUCUUUCAGCCGCAUUUUUACCAGAAGAACAAACAAGAUGGGCACCGAAUAUGUGGCCGUCCUCACCGGGUCCUUUCUGACGGGGGCCAUGAUGAACCUCCAUCUGCUCACCAUUCCCAUUCUUGUCGAGACCACCCAACAGCCGGCCCAGCUGUUGCACCAAUGGAGCCGUAUUUUCUACAGCGGCCAUCGUAAAGGCCCCGGAAUCGCCUUUGUGACGGGUUCCCUGUACGGAUAUGCGGCGUGGGCCAAGUACUCUGUCGGUGAACCUUGGCAUCACUGGAUGGUCGCCGCCGUCACGACGGUGAGCAUGGUGCCCUACACGUGGAUAUUCAUGAACGCUACGAACACCGCCCUCUUCCACGCCGAGGAUCAGUUCAAGAAAGGGAACGUGGAGAUUAGCUUACGGGAGAGCGUGAGAUUAGUAAGAAAGUGGGAUUGGCUUAACACUGUGCGAGCGCUCUUUCCACUGGCGGGCUCGGUUAUGGGGAUGCUGGGAGUGUGCGGCGUGAUGCGGUACUGA